AGUACAGAGUCGAUGCUUUAGCGUGAUUCUGCGCGCGUGCGGAUUCUGCGAGGCCGUUGGGAAAUGUCUAUUUAACGGCAACUGUUUGUAAACGCAGUUAAACUACAAUUACAAGCAAAUAUAUCGUGGAGGUUUAAUCAUUUUGGCCAUGGCGCACCACUUCUUUGGACAUCCUGGUUCUGCUACAUUUCACUCAACACCUAAAGCCACUCAUCACCGUGUGUCAGCAAAGGUGUUAGAAGAGGGUCAUGGGUGUAGUUUAGACCACGACUCAACUGGUGAAACACUGCCAUUUGUAACCCUGGAUGAUAGCCAUGAGCAGCAAAGCGAGGAUUCAGGCAUUAAUGUCUCACACAGCAGUUCACCAAUAAACGAGGUGGAUGAGGGUGUUGUCUCCACCCCUAGUAACACAAGAAUAGAUGAAAUUGGGAAGAAAGCACAAGACCUUAUAGAGAGGAUCAACCAGAGCCGGGCAAUGGACCAGAAACUCAUGAACAGCUUUGAGGAGAAGCUAAUGAAGAAGGUGAGUGAGAUGUGCCAGCAGGUGAAGGAGCAGAUGUUUGAGUAUUAUGAGAAACACAGCCGAGGGAUGGAGAUAAAGCUCACUGAGCUCACAGAAGUGUUGGAGCGCAGCAGUCAGCUCAGCAUGGAGCUCCAGGGAGCCAGCCAUACACUGGCAGCCAUUAACAAAGGUCUGCAGCAAACCCCGGGCCAGUAGAUACAAAUCACACACACACAAACAUUGUAGUGCCUACAAUACUUCCAUAGCACCAGACAUGUGACAGCCAAAACAAAGUAGUUGAAUUUGUUGAUGUAAUAGAAAUACCUCAUUAUAAAGGCAGGGUGACUGUUUGUACUUGUUUCAUACUUGCAUGAUUCCCACUCAGUGGUAGCAAGAUGCGAAUAAUUUCCCAUCAUCCAACUUACAAAGAGUGUAGUAUGUGAUACUGUUUAAAGAGGGAGGAAGAAUAGCAGGAACGUUGAACUGUAUUAAAAGAAUGAAUGUAAAAUUGAAUUCAAGAGACUCCAUCAGUGGAGCAACAGAAAGAUUACAUUUAAAACAAACAUGUUCUUCAGACAGUGCUAUAAGGAAGACUCAGAAGAUGUAUUAGUCCACCUUGUGUUUUGAACUUUGAUUUUGUUUUAUUAAAGUUGUAUGUAUUUACACUGUAAAUGAUUUGUUUUUUAUCAGUUUUUGUUACAGCACAAUGAACUAUUCCCUAAAUAUAGAAAGACAGACAUUCAUAAAGUGAGGACAAGAUCAUUUGCAAAUCCUCAAAAUCCCAGAGCACUGCACUAUCAGGAAAUGAGAUUUUAUAUGUCACUAUCCCCACAGUCAUCAAGUAGAGUAAUCAGAUAUAUUAUAGUGUAAUAGAAAAAUAAUGAACCCA